AUGCCAGUCCCUUUGGACACAGAUUUGGCGAGGCUAAACGUCUCCCCCUUCUCCCUUGAGAUAGAAACCACAUCGCUCCCAGCAGGUUUUCACCAGCCUAAGUUUACGUUUUAUGACGGGAAAAGCGAUCCAUACAUGCUUGUGAGCCACUUCCGCCAGGUCAUGGCAGGGCACAGGCGUAACGAUGCUCUCAUGUGCCUAAUUUUCCCAUCGAGUUUGGGCGAGUUGAACUUGAAAUGGUUUGAGAGGCUCCCGGAGCAGAGCAUCGAAAGAUGGCAGCAAUUGGCGGAAGUAUUCGUGACUCAAUUCAAAACCAACACCAAAACGCCAAAAGAAGUGGACCACCUCCUGAGCAUCAAGAUGGAGUCAAGCGACAUCCUCAAAGCAUACAACGCUAGGUAUUGGGAGACCUUCAACGAGAUCUUGGAUUGCCCAACCAACCUGGAAAUCACCCAAUAUAAGCACAGUCUCCCGGUCGGACAUAGACUGAGGAAAUCGCUUACAAUGAACCAGCCGACUUCCAUGGGGCAAUUGAUGCAACGAAUCAAUGAACACAUCUGA